CCCCCACCCCCCUCCCCCCCGCCGCAGAGCAGCCGUGUCUCUGGGCUGCCCCAGCCAGGCGUUUGGACCUCAGCCCCAGAGGGAGUCGGGCAGCUGUGAUUUUGCCUGCCUCCGUUAAGUGCCCUUAGGAUGCAGUGAUCAAGACAUCAGGCUCUCCCUGCGGGAGGGGCUCUUCCUGCGCUGGUGAACUUGGUGCAGAGAAAAAGGACAGAAUGAUGCUCUCCGAGCAAGCCCAAAAGUGGUUUCCGACCCAUGUGCAGGUCACCGUGCUCCAAGCCAAAGAUCUUAAGCCAAAAGGCAAAAGUGGCACCAAUGACACAUACACUAUAAUUCAGCUGGGAAAGGAAAAGUACUCCACCUCUGUAGCUGAGAAAACCCUUGAGCCAGUCUGGAAGGAAGAGGCCUCUUUUGAGCUACCUGGGCUGCUAAUGCAGGGGAAUCCAGAGAAAUACAUCCUUUUCCUCAUAGUUAUGCACAGGUCCCUGGUGGGUCUGGAUAAGUUUUUAGGGCAGGUGGCCAUCAAUCUCAAUGACAUCUUUGAGGACAAACAAAGAAGGAAAACAGAGUGGUUUAGAUUAGAAUCCAAACAAGGAAAAAGAGCCAAAAACAGGGGUGAGAUAAAGGUCAAUAUUCAAUUUAUGAGGAACAAUAUGACAGCAAGUAUGUUUGACUUAUCAAUGAAGGACAAAACAAGAUCUCCUUUUGCAAAAUUAAAAGAUAAGAUGAAAGGUAGAAAAAAUGAUGGGACAUUUUCUGAUACAUCUUCUGCAAUCAUUCCAAGUUCUCACGUGCCUGAUGCCAAUACUGAAUUUUCAAGUAGUGAAAUACAGAUGAAAUCUAAACCAAAAAAGCCUUUCCUUUUGGGUCCUCAGCGACUCUCUUCAGCACAUUCAAUGUCUGAUUUAACUGGGGCCCACGUAUGCUCGGAGAAGCUGAAAUCUGCCACUGUUGCUCAAACGCAUCUUCUUGGCCGCCAGAUAGAUUCCUUUGGAGCAGUUCCGGAAAGUGGAAGUCUCAAAUCUCCACACAGAAGAACAUUAAGCUUUGAUACUUCUAAAAUGAACCAACCUGACAGCAGUGUGGAUGAAGGUGAAUCGUCUUUCGGAAGACAAAAUGACCCAUUUACAAAUGUGACUGCUUCAUUACCCCAAAAAUUUGCAACACUGCCAAGGAAGAAAAAUCCGUUUGAAGAAAGCAGUGAAUCAUGGGACAGCAGCGUGAAUUUAUUUUCAAAAUCAAUUGAAGUAAGAAAAGAAAACAAGAGAGAAAAAAGGGAGAAAGUCAGCCUCUUUGAAAGAGUGACUGGAAAAAAAGAUAGAAGAUCUGAUAAACUUAACAACGGGGGAGCUGAUAGCCCUUGUGAGUUGAAAUCACCUAAUGCAUUUAGUGAACGUCGGCAGGACUAUUUUGAUUAUGAGUCAACCAAUCCGUUUACAACAAAAUUCAGGGCUUCAAAUAUAAUCCUAUCUUCAAGAGUCUUCGGGACUCCUGUGACUGAUGUCUGUGAGAAAGCUGAACAAAGUGAAGGGUGAAAUACGUAGGUAUGGAACUGAAUCUUGUUCUUUGAGUAAACUGGUUCCCUGUGAUCGCAGAUACGUGGGAACCGUAUUGUUACCCUCUGGCUGAAUAAUGUGUGUGAUCACAACUGGAGAAUUUUCCUUAUGCCAAAAAAAUUGUACUAAGGAAUACUUUCUUGAAAGUUAGAGUUUUUAUUUGUUUGUAAGUAAAGUCGAGCUGAUGAAAUCACCUAGUAAUCACAAAAGUUACAGCAUUUUGCUUCUGUUCUUGGAAUAGAUCCCAUAGUCGUACGUAAAACAGAGGAAAUGAGCUAGCUUUUUGUUGGGUUGCUUCAACAAAGAGUAGGGCUCUUUGAAAUCCCUUUCCCCGCGGUUGCUAAUUCUCGGUCUCUUCCCUCUUACCCACCCCUGCUUCUCUGAACAGAAGUCGCUGUUCCUUGUGCUGCAGCCUGGUCCUCCCUAGGUCUUCCUUUCUGUGGGCGUCCCCCUAUUCAUUGAUCUAACCACUUUACCCCUCUCACCUCCAUGAACAACAUGACGACAGAGCCUCCUUUUCAUUCACCUUUUAACCCUUAAUCUCCAGCAUAAUAGUAGGUAACAGGUAUUGGAAAGCAGUUUUUGAAUAAAUGCAUAUGGUAUAGCAGAUGGAUUUCCUAAAAUACUAGUAUCAUCCCCUCAUUCCCUUAGCCCUCUGCUUCCAGCUCAGUAUGGGCUGUGAAGGUCUUUCUGAUAGACCAGCAACAGAUCCAUAAAGGCAGAUGUGUGUGUUUUUAUAUACAACUAAACAUGAUUCCACUUCAGUAUUCUUGCUUGUGAAAUCCCAUGGACAUAGGAGCCUGGUGGGCUACAGUCCGUGGGGUUGCAAAAGAAUCAGACACAACUUAGUGACUAAACAACAGCAACAAAAGAUGAUAGAAAUCUAAAUGAGUCUUAAAGGACUACUAAAAGGUAAUAUUCAUAUUCUAACUGGCACAUUUCUGAAGUUUGUUAAGAAUUCUGUAUUGUAACAGUUAGGAUAGGUUACCAGCUGCAGUAAACAACCUUAGAUCUCACUGGCUUGUUCCAGUAGAAGUCUGUCCCUCCUCCCUCCUUAGCGUGACACGUGAGUGCUUUGUUCCACGCUGUUUGUUGGCUCCACACGGUUGCUCAGGAGCCAGGCUCCUUCCUUGUAAUGCUGCUGUUUAAUGUGCGUCCGCCAAGGCUGUGCAGCAGAGAAAAAGAGUGGAGGAUCACGUGGAUGUCUCUAUGUGCCACGCCUGGCAGUGGUGCCCAUCACUUGUUCCGCUGCUGUUCCACUGGGCAGUGUUCAAUCAUGUCCUAGCCUCAGUGCCGCCAGUUAAGAAGCACGGUUUAGCUGCAGACCCAGAGAAAAGUACUGGGCUUGAGCGCACAGUAGUGUGUGUGUCCUGGAUGCCAGCUCUUAAGAAGUCUGGAUGACAUUCUAACACUUGGUGUGCUGUAGAAUUCCUACUAUACAUGUAUGUGAAAGUGUAGCUGGAAUUCUUACAGUUUUAAGAAGAAUGUUUUAUCAGUUAACUAUUGGUGUUGUUUGUGUUUUAAAAUUGCUGCUGCUCCUGUUUUUAAUUAUAAAUCACAGGUGGUUUAGCAGCAUCAGUAUCAGUUAAUGU